CGGCCGGCCGAGGCCGAGCUCGAGGCCGAGGCGGGCGCGCGCUGGCGCUGGCGGCGGCCGGGCUCUCGCGGCGGCGUGCGGCGGCGCUGAUGCAGUGCGACGACCCGCCAGGCUGCGAGGCGUACCCGCCGGGGCUUUUCCCGGACUUCGACUGCAGGCGGGCCGCCUCGGAGGCCUGGGAGGGCCAGAUCGACUGGGACUCCUGGCGGCGCGUGUUCGAGGAGCGCCCGCCAGCGGCGUGGGGCGACGGCGAUGGUGCGGCGUAUUUCGGUGCCUACAUGGACAGCGACGACUGGGCGAUGGAGCGGCACUGGGCGGAGUGCCCCCUCGGCGCCCUCAACGCGGCGAUGUACCUCUACUCCGCCUCCGUGCUCCAGGGGGACCCCAGCUCCGCCGCGCGCUACGCGGCCGACGUGGCGCGCGGGCUCCGGAGCUUCCCCCUCAGGAUCCUGCUGGGGUCGAGUUGGCCGCUCUUCGCCCUGCUCUCGGGCGACCGCCUCAGGGAGCUCCGGCCAGACGUCUCGGGGGACCCUGGGAGGAACUGCGGCGGCGUCGAGAAGCCGGCGCUGAGGUGGGGCCAGUUCCAGGCGGCCUUCUACGGGGAAGAGCGCAAGGAGUGGUCCGCAAACACGAUGCGCUACGUGCUAUCCUGGCAGAUGAGCUACAUCCCCGAGCUUCUCGAAGAGGAGUGCCCUCUCGGCGUGCUGACCCUGAACACCAUCCAGGCCUUUACGUGCGCCACGUCGGAGAGCUCCUGCUUCCGCGCCUUCAUCCAGAAGGUCGAGGCGUGGAUCGCGGCGUCCCCGGACUUCGUCGACGUGCUGGCGCACAGCCGCUGGCCCAUCUCGCUCGUCCUGAACCACAUGUCCCACUCGACGCGGCACCGGUACCAGCUAGACUUCUCCGAGGAGGAGCUGGUGGGCGGCUGGAGGACGCUGGCGCUGCUGCCGCCCUCGGGGCUGCCGGCCCCCGCGCUGAGCGGCGCGGCCCGCCGCGCGAGCUCGGCCGAGGCGCGGUUCCCGGCCCACCUGGGGGCUCUGGGCCGCUGGGCGGCCCUGCUCUCCUCUGGGGGGGGGCGGUCGCGGGCCUUCCGGGACGCGCUGGGCGCCCUGCCGCACCUGGGGCCGGGGCACCCCGAGGCGCCUUCGCUCGUGUACAUCUCGAUGGUCUACGGCCCGCGCUUCAGCAGGCACAUCGGGCGCUUCUGCGCGCGGGCCCGCGCGCUCGGGGCGCCGGGGGAGCGCCUGCUCCUGUUCGCCCUGGACGGCGAGGCCUUGGCAUCGCUCGGGCGUGUGCAUGUUUCUUUCGGCGAGGACCAUCGGGGAGCAUCCUUGAUCCUUUGGCGAGAAGCCGCGCACGGUGCCGAAAACAGCACAGGGAACGGACGUCCGAGCGAUGGCCAGAGGCCCACCGCGAGUGCCUGCGGGAGAACGGGCAGCGCUGUCUCCGCGGCACGCCGUCCAUCGUGAACAAGUUCACGAUGCCUCUGGUCCUGGCGCACCUCGGCCUCGACUCGGUGUGGAUCGAUUUCGACACCUUCCUCAUGAAGGAUCCCACUCCAAUCAUCCUGGAGCACGCGCGCAGGGGGAGCUAUGACAUUCUCGUCUCGGGGUCGUUCGAGUCGGACUGUAUCUGCAACGGCGUCGUGUUCUUCAGGUCGUCAGACAUGGUUCGCACGUGGCUACUCUCGGUCGUUCUAUGGAUGUACCACCACCCUUAUGAGCACGACCAGAAGACAUUCAGCGCGUUCCUCAAUUACACCGAGUCUGUUCAACUCCAGGACUUCGAUCUCCCCCCCAUACCGCCGUGGGACACGCUGGAUCCCAUCAGCCAGUUCGUGACACCGGAUGUGUUCGAGGGCAACGGCUGGACAGGAGAUCUCGACCAGAUCGCAAUCUACCACUUCCUCAACGGCGAGUCCGACACUGGCUCCGGACUCGACCCCAGCGGCGCCUGGUCGCGGGAGCACGGGCACUUCCAGGAGGGUGCGGGCGCCCCGCCGCGGUGCCGAGACGCGGGGGACCCGCUCUGCGGCGGGGGCAAGGUCUCCCUGAUGGACCUGUUCUACCUCCAGGACGACGAGGACCUGUACUCGACGCCGAAGCCCGCGCACGAGAACGCGGCCAUUCGCCGCGCGCUCCUGGCCGCCCGGAAGGAGGUGCGGCGGCUGGACCUGCUGGGCAAGCCCUGCGGGCCCAUGGUGGGCCUGCUCAGCCAGCCGACGGCCCUCCCGCUGCCGCCGGGGUCCCCGUCGCCGGCCGAGCUCCUGCAGCUGGCGCGCGAGGGCGGCAGGCCUCCCUGGCACCGGGCGGUGGCGGAUGCGCCCUGAAAGAGCGAGCGCGGGGGGGAAC